AUGUUCAGAGAACGAGAGGCAAAAUUACUAAGUAGCGCUUUGGCAAAGCUGAUUUUCACUGGUCGAGCUCGCAUGUCUGAUUUAAAGAGGGUGGCCAUCGUUGGAUCCGGGAUCAUGGGAUCCGGCAUUGCUCAGGUAUGCGCCCAAAGCGGAAUGGACGUUAGAAUAGUGGAUCAGUCAGAUUUGAUUUUGGAGCAGUCGAUGAAAAAUAUCGAAAAGAAUUUGUCACGAACUGCGAAGAAACUACAUGCCGAAGAUCCUAUGGCAAAAAGCUUUGUCAAGGAUGCCCUUAUGCGCAUCUCUCCUCACCUCGACCUGAAGAAAGCCGUAUCUGACUGCGACAUAGUUAUUGAAGCUGUGGCUGAGCAUCUGAAUAUGAAACAGACGUUAUUCACUGCUGUUGAGGCUGCCACUUCAAGCGUGGCCAUUUUAUCCUCCAACACAUCUUCUUUGCCACUGUCAGAAAUUGGCGAAAACCUAAAAGUAAAGCAACGCUUUGCUGGUAUUCAUUUCUUCAAUCCAGUUUCCAUCAUGAAACUUGUCGAGGUGGUGAAAACUCCUUUUACUUCCAUGGAUACUGUUGAAACCUUGGUGAAAUUCUGUCGCACUCUGUCAAAAGUGCCGAUUGUCUGUAAGGACACUCCGGGGUUUGUGGUCAACCGCUUGCUCAUUCCGUACAUGAUGGAGGCACUUCGAAUGGUGGAGAGGGGCGAUGCCUCAAUGAAAGACGUUGAUACGGCGAUGAAGUUGGGUGCUGGGUAUCCGAUGGGACCAUUUGAACUGUUUGAUUACACAGGCCUUGACACAUGCAAGUUCAUCAUCGACGGAUGGCACAGUCGUUUCCCAGAUGAUCCUAUGUUCAAACAAAGCGACCUACUUAACAAUCUAGUUGAACAGAAAAAGCUGGGAAGGAAGACUGGUGAAGGAUUCUAUAAAUACUAG